AUGGCGGUCGCGCAUGGCGAGGGGUCAGAGGACCCCCAUCUUGGCAGGGGCCCCGACGAGGACGCCUCAGAGGUGUCCGUCUCUGGGAACGACCCGGACUCGGCGAGCAUCCUGUCCGACGACUCGGUCCUCCCCGACUACCAGCGGGAGGUGAAGUGGACAGGCAGCGCCGGGCCCCUGUACUCGGCCUGCUCCAGGAAUGAUGUGGAGGCCCUGCGCCAGCUGCUACAGAGAGGCGUCACGCGCGAGGAGGUCAUGGAGCUGGACAUCAAUGGCUGGAAUGGCCUGAUGGUGGCGACCUACAACGGCUAUUUGGACAUCGUUUAUGGUCUCCACCACUGCCCUUUCCUGGACAUUAACCACCAGGACAACGACGGCAACACUGCACUCAUGAUCGCUGCCCAGGCCGGCCAUGUCAUUAUUUUGACCUACAUUCUCAACUUUUUCGCUGGGGUUGACACUGAGAUCCGCGAUUCCCGCGGCUUCACUGCACUCAUCAAGGCUGCCAUGCAGGGCCGAAAUGACUGUGUGGCCGCAUUGGUCAUGGCCGGCGCUGACCUGGACGCAGCGGACACGACUCGGGGGAAGUGCGCCCGGGACUGGGCCCUGAAGACGGGCCGCUUCGAGACGCUGCAGAGGCUCCGCCGGCUGAACCUGCGGCCCAGCGCCGAGCAGUUCUGCGAGACCUACGUCCCCGAGUGGCCGGAGCUGCCCGAGCUGGUGGCCAAGGCCACGGCGGCCAAGACGCGCGGUGAGCGCAUCACCCACCGUCUCAAGUCCACCUUCGCCUUCAGCUUCCCCCGCGACCCGCGGGACGGUGGCGUGAUGGACCACAUGGUGCGCAUGACCACAGGCCUCCACAGCCCGCUGGUCUGCACCGGCUGCCGCCCGCUCUGCCCCACCAGCCCCCCAGCGGUGGGCAAGAGGCGGCUGCCGGUGCCCGAGCUGGCGCAGCAGCAUUCGGCGCAGGCGCUGGAGGAGGGCACAGUGCGCCACAGUGUCCCCGCCCCAAUCUCCAUGUCCUCCGUCGCCAUGGCUGCGUGCCCGGCCGGGGAUGCGGACCGGCGGGGGAGUACGCUCUCCCUGGCCGCCAACGGCGUGCGCAGCUUCAUCCCGCGCAGCAUGGCUCGGCGGAACAGCGUCUUCCCGUCCGGCUGCAUCCCCCAGAUUCAGGUGACACGAUCCAGCGAGCCCACACCAAAGAAGGAGAAGAAGAGAAAGACCUCCAAGGCCCACCUGGAGCCGCCCAAGUGGAAGUACAAGGAGGCAAAGGAGGAGAAGAAGAAAGAGAAGAUGCGGGUGGAAUUGGAGAAGGAGGAGAAGGAGAAGGAAGCCAAGGCCAAGAAAGAGAAGGCCAAGAAGAAGAAGUAAAGAUCACGUGCCAAUUGCCCAUUCACACCCAUCAGCAGCUGA